CCGAUUGGUCAGCAAGGAGAGCUGCUCCCGGGCCAACGGAAAACCGGCGUUGGGACCUGCGCCUGAAGUUUUCUUCAGUUGCUGGCGGUCGUUGAGACGGCAUGGAUCUCAGCGAGCUGGAGAGGGACAAUACGGGCCGCUGUCGCCUGGGCUCUCCUGUACCCGCGGUGUGCUGCAAGGAGCCCUGCGCCCUGGGUGUGGAUGAAGCGGGCCGCGGGCCGGUGCUCGGCCCCAUGGUGUACGCCAUCUGUUACUGCCCCCUGUCCCGCCUGGCAGAUCUGGAGGCCCUGAAAGUGGCAGACUCAAAGACCCUGUCGGAGAAUGAGCGGCAGAGGCUCUUUGCGGAAAUGGAGAAGGACGGGGACUAUGUGGGCUGGGCUCUGGACGUGUUAUCUCCUAACCUCAUCUCCACCAGCAUGCUUGGGCGGGUCAAGUAUAACUUGAACUCCCUAUCCCAUGAUACAGCUUCGGGGCUGAUACAAUUUGCGCUGGAUCAGGGUGUGAAUGUCACCCAGGUAUUUGUGGACACUGUGGGGAUGCCAGAGACAUAUCAGGCACGGCUGCAAAAGCACUUUCCAGGAAUGGAGGUGACAGUCAAGGCCAAAGCAGACUCCCUGUACCCUGUGGUCAGUGCUGCCAGCAUCUGUGCUAAGGUGGCUCGAGACCAGGCUGUGAAGAACUGGCAGUUUGUGGAGAACUUAGAGGAUUUGGACUCUGAUUAUGGCUCAGGUUACCCCAAUGACCCCAAGACAAAAGCCUGGUUGAGGAAACACGUGGAGCCUGUGUUUGGCUUCCCCCAGUUUGUCCGGUUCAGCUGGAGCACGGCGCAGGCCAUUCUGGAAAAGGAGGCAGAAGGUGUCAUCUGGGAGGACUCGGCAGCUGAGGAGGCUCAAGAGCAACCUAGAAAGAUCACAUCCUACUUCAACCAGGGCCUUCAAACCAGUUCCCGGCUCCCCCACCCAUACUUCCAGGAGUGUGGCCUGGAGGCAGCUACCAGCCUCUAGGAGCCAAUCCUGCACCUGCCUCCCCUUGCUCAGGAAUUAAAGCUGUUCAAGAAGAAUCAAGGAGA